UUGGAAUAUUGGAACUUGACCCCCCUUCUCCCUCUCGCUCUCCCAGACCACGUGAUAAUCGUGUGUAACUCUAAUGCCCUGUUUCGGUUACUAGGGAGGAGAGACGUUCCAUGGCAACGAUUCACUCAAACUCCAACCGAGCAAGAGAGAGAAACGCGAGACGAGGUUUGAUCGCACAACGGUGGAAAGAAAGAGAUCCGAGUUAAGAAACCGAACCGAACAGUGCUGGAAACUUUAAACUGAUGUCUCUGAGGCUUUUUUCCGCCUGAUUGAGGACUGCGCGUUUCAUACAAGCCGGAGUUAUGACAGUUUGACAUCAUCGGUUCGGUUCACAUUGCCGCCGGCCAGGUCACUGCGAGAGAAUACGAGCCCGGGAUUCACAGACCGCGCGGCCGGGACAAGCGCUUCGUGUGUCCGCAGAAAGACGCCCAACACCAGCCAUCACACAUUGGAACCUCAGGCUGUUUCUGAAACGCUCCGAGAAAGUUUGUGACUGUGAUGCGAGUCCUUAAAGGCUUUAAAAAAUAAUAUACUUAAAUAAUUAACAAUUAAGAGGGACUCUAAUUAUAUUGGAAGCUACUCUGACAACCAUUUGUUUUUUCAACUUCGAGUUUACAUUACUAAGAAUUAAGAUUUAUUCCUGUAACAAUUCUAACUAUUUCUACAACUACUAUUACUAUUAUUACUAUUACUAUUAUUAUUACUAUUACUUCUAUUACUAUUAUUAUUACAACCUGUACCAAAGCUUGUAAUUUUUAAAAGAUAUUCCGAACUAUUUCAAUUGAAUCAAGCAAAAGACUCACAAUGCCUCUUUGCUGGCAUCACCACCGUAUUUGCUGACGUUGGACCUUGUAUUGGAACUGAAAGGAAGCCGUCUCGUAGUCAGAGCACCAUGUGUUGCUAUACUGGCACUGUCACAGCCGGGUCAAUCUUACCGAGUGAAACUGACACGGGGAAAGAAGGCCAACCCCACAGAACGCCUUACCGUCUGACCCCGUCCUGAAACACACACUCUUAGUGCAAGCGGCGGGCUAGGCGGCGGAGGGUAUGGGCAACUCGUCUCGAAAAGAGGGAGAGGAAGAAGGCGGCGAGGAAAAGGAAAAAGAAAAGGGAGAUGAGGAGGAAGUAGCCGAGAAAGAGGAGGAAGAAGAGGUGGUCGUUGAGGACGAAGAGCUGCCGCUCGGAGUUGACGAACUCUUGGCAAGUGGAGACCCGGUGUUGGACUUGAGUUACUACAAGUUCCGCCGGCUUCCUCGUCAAGUCCUGGAUCUGCAACAUCUGGAGAAGCUCUACGUAUGUGGAAACCGUCUUCGGGACGUCCCCAAACGUAUCGUGCAGCUGCAGGGCUUGCGUACCCUGGCGCUUGAUUUCAACAAGCUUGAAGACGUCCCGUUGUCGGUGUGCCAGCUGACCAAUCUCACCUGUCUCUACCUGGGCAGCAACCGGUUGAUGAGUUUGCCUCCAGAAAUGAGGAACCUUCAUAGCUUACGCUGCCUUUGGGUUGAGAGCAACUACUUCCAGCGAUUCCCCAAGCAGUUAUAUGACCUUCCCCGUCUACGCUCAUUGCAAAUCGGGGACAACCGUCUACGCACCCUGCCUUCGGACUUAUGGCGCAUGGAGGCCCUGCGAGGACUCUGGCUAUACGGAAACCGCUUCCAGGAGUUUCCACGCGUGCUCCUCAAGAUGGAGCAACUGGAGAUCCUGGAUUUGGACCGUAAUCGGAUAUCGGAGUUCCCCAACUUGCAUCAUCUUCCGGCACUGCGGCUCUUCUCCUACGACCACAACCCUGUCAAGGAGCCGCCACGUGUUGGGGAGGAGGUGUUUCUUGUUGGCGAAGGCGCUGAGGAGGUCCUGCAGUCUAGAGAAAGAAAGAGAGAGGCGAAAGAGCAUGCGGAGAAGGAGGCGGAGGAGGCGGCGGCCGCGGCUGCAGCAGCGGCUAACCCCGUUAUUCACGGAAUACUCAAGAAACUUCGAAUGAGCUCCGCUCUUAACCUGGCAGCCGCCAAGGAGAAAGCAACAAACGGUGGAGUUCCAUCAUCAGCCACAGAGGGUGAUGAAGAUGAACCACAAAGUAAAGAUGAAGAGGCGGAUCCUGAGAGACAAGGUGUGGCGCUUGAUGAGGCGGAGCUUGAGUAUGAGGAGGAGGGUCUAGGGUAUGAAAGGGAGGAGCUAAUAUAUGAGGGGGAAGACUAUGAAGGGUACGGAGGGGCGGGAUUGGAGUAUGAAAGAGCGGAAAUGGACUAUGAAUAUGAAGGGGAGGAGCUGGAGGAAAACGCGCAAGGGGGAGGAGCUUGAUAUUUGCACGCCUUCAAUGGAUUAUUGCAGUUUACUGUUUAGCAAUCUGGACUAUUAGCGCAAAGGUUGCAGGUUCAACCCUAAAUUGAGAUGAACUGGAGAGUUGAAGAGAUCUAUUGGGCCCCCAAUAAUGGCACUUAAAGGAAUAGUUCACCCAGUUUUAUUGCACUUAAUUCAACACAAUGUGACAAGUUUUGCCUCUAAAUUUGGAUGCUAUGCAUUUGAACAACUGUUUAUUAGUAAUAAAACUUCUCAAAUACUCAUUAAGUCUGUAAGUUAUGAAAUGGCAUCACUCAAAUCCCACAAAUUAAAGAUGAAGUGUGUAAUUUCUACAACGCAAGCAACACCAAGUGAAAUUGCAAUCUGUUCGUUUGAGCGGGCCGAUUGGGACCAUCUGUUUUUCCCAACGAUGGCAGACGAGGGAAAUGUUUGAAAAUCAUUUGAAACAGUAAAUAUUAUUGCAAUUUUGUUGGGUGCCACUUGUGACAUAGAAAUGAUCAAUUUCACCUUUAAAUUUUGAGUUUGCAACAAAAAUAUGCAGCAGUUUUUUUGCUUCACAGAAGACAGUGUGGCUAUUAUUAGAAAGCACUUAUUGUUGGAUAGACCUGGCUGUGAUCCUCAAACACAGGGCUUUCUUCAGUAAUUGCAGGGUUUAACGAUUUAAGAAUUCUCAUUCUGAACAAUCAACUGUGAAGACCUGUGAAACUGCACAACUUUGAUGGAUCAAAACUUUGUUAAUGUGUGCUGUGUACUUCUAAUUAAGAGCAGGGCUCUGACUUUUUUGUUUUUAAGUGUGUGCGUGUGUGUGUGUGUAACUCUACCCCUACAUUGGGUGUACUGUUUAUCAGAAACUUGAUACUGCAAUUGCAUCAAUGUGUUUUGGUGAAACUAAAUAUUCUAUUAUUAAAUAAGCAAUGAGUUUGACAAACGUGUUUCAAUGAUUCAUGUCUUCUGAGAAGAUUUGAUACUGGCUUUGACAAAAGUUGGGCGAUAUUGUUAAAACAGUUACAUUUCAAAAUUUUCCAGCCUUUCGAGGAUAUUCAAUAUAAACUGUAUCUUGAUAUUUAUGUAUUUGCAUUGAAAUGGUUUGAAGGGGGAUUUUGUUCAAUCCGAGGAACCAUCAUUUUAACCAGACAGUCAUUUUUGGUUAAAAUUAUGGUUCCUUGGAUUGAACAAAAUCACACUUUAAACCAUUUCAAUGCAAAUACUGUGCAUACAUAGAGAGAUAUAAAUAUAUAUUUAAUAUUAAAUGAUUUAACUGUUAUAAACAACUAAAGCCAUGUCCCUAAUUCUAAUUUUUCCUCAUUUGUUCAUUCCUUCCUUCCAAUAUUCAAAUUCCAUUGAACUAUUCCAGUCAAACCUGCCAGCUCUCUUAUACUAGUCAAGAAAUGUUUUCAUUGCCCUCUCCCUUUUCUUUCUCUUGCUUCAUCCAUCAUUGUGCUGUUUAAACUCUCUCUCCAUCUUUUGUCAGCUCUCAUCUCUCCCCGAAAGAGUCUCAAAUCCCAUCUGUUAAAAUAUUUAUGUAACGUUAUGAGCCUGUCAUUACUGCUAGGAAGAAUCUGAAAUGAGCGAUUUGGCAAAACCUGUGGCAGGAAGUGGAGAGAAGUGUGUCUCCGCCCCAAUGUCCAUGCCAGAGUCAACACAACCUAUUGAACGCAAACACACAUGCAAAUGUGCACGGCUCAGGUGUCUUUCAACUAGCCAAGUCUCAAUUUCCCAAAAUAUUCCUUUAUUCACAUCUGCAAAUUCUGAGUUAUCUUGCUUUGCUGUAACCUUAUUGUAAAUUAUUGUAUUGUUUGCUGUAUUACAUCUGAGCCACCUAAAUAAUGCAUUUGGCUAAUUAUUGACCAGUUUUCAAAUACUUGUUAGCAAAUACAGUUAGUUCCGGUCCAGUAUUUGGACUGGACAAGCAGUCUAUCUGUCAUCCAACUAGGAAUGCACUAGCAAACUAGCCAGAAUACCCUAGUAACCACCUAGCAAAACCCUACCAACCAGCCUUAUUGACUGUUUGACUGUAAAGCUCAAAACGUAUUUACUCAAGUAAGCGUAUGCUGCAAGCGCACUGCCAAUGCGCGGUCCAUUUGAACAUGCUUAAAAGGAAUAUUCCGUGUUCAAGUUUUAACAGAAGAAUUAUUGUAAGUGUUUUUAUAAAAUUAAAAGCUUCACAUUUCUGUAUAUAAACCCUCCAAAAAUUGUUCCCAUUAACUUCCAUUGCAAACACCUGUGUAACCUCGUUUUUUGCUUUUUUUAAAGAAAACGAGAGACGAGUCGAAAUCAAUUUUUGUGGUAAUCAAUAUGCCGUCGAUUGAGCUUAACUUGUAUGGAACCCAGAAUACUCCUUUAACGUGCGUUCUUGCGCUACUGUGGCGGUAACUAACCUCAGUGCUCAAGGGGGCGAUAGAGUUACCUUCAAAUUCAUAAUCAAUGUACACAUCUGGCCAGUCCAUGUGUUUACAUUUUGCAAAAGUUUCAGAAAAGGUUGUUUUUGCAGCUUAGUUUAAAUAGACUAAACAGUCUUUUUGAACUGGGCAGUGAGUUUUGAGUUCUGAAAGCUACAGUAAUCUAUAUUUAUAUUGUACCAUCAACUCUUUUCUUUCUAAAAGAUCUAAGAAAAUGUAGAUUACUCAUUAUAGAGUAAGUCUGUUGCUGAGAGAGAUUUUGGCAUAGCCGUCAGUCCUGGAUUCUUAGGCGCCAAGUGUCGAGUAUCUGUGGUGUGGCUGAGCAUUCUGACAUAGUCCAGGCCUGGUGAGGAGAACAUAGACUCUGUCCUUAAUCAUUUAGAGUGCUUACUUCUAGUUUACAUGAGCGCCAUUCUCUCAAGGUCAGCCACGUUGCAAGCUAGCACAAAGCCGUGAAUGAGCAGUGGAUCGAGUCUGCACUGCUCAAAAUUUCAUGCCUUCCUUUAAGACUGCUUGAUAUCAAAACGAGUGUUUUGCGUCUUUUAGUGCACCAUGACAAAAUUCACUUUUAGCAUAUAUGGAAGUUUCUUCAUCAUACAACACUUUUAACACUGUGGACUUCUAGAAAGUAAACUCUCGUCAAAAUAUUUUUCACAUUCUCUCUAAUUUAUUUAUUUUAUUGGUAACACUUUACAAUAAGGUUCCAUACGUUGACAUUAGUUAAUGCGUUAGGUAUCACUAAAAAACAAGUAACAAUAUAUUUUUUACAUCAUUUAUUAACCUUUGUUAAUGCAAGUUAAUAAAAAUACUUUUGUUCAUUGUUAGUGCGUGUAAGUUCAUAGUGCAUUAAAGGUGCUAUAAGCGAUUUGUUCAUUUGUUCCUACUGCCUGAAAGAUAUUACUUAAAUAAGUGUUGUGAGAUAUCUCACCGGUCUCUGUGACAGCUCUAGACUCUGUAAACAGCAAACAAAAAUGUGUCCACAGGACGCGGUCUCUGACGCUUAAAACAUGUCAAUCAUUUUGCGUGUUCUUAUAGUAUUGUAGUUGCAGCGAAUUAUUGAGGCUUAAUGCCAUUUUUAUGGCAUGUUGUUCACAACAGUUGUCAGUUGAGGGCGCUAUUUUGCUGCUGUUGUUUUUAACAACCGUUUCUGUAUUAUGUCAGUCUCAAUAAAGCUCAUUUGGUAUCUUUGAUGUGCGGGUUUUGGAAAGAGGGGGCGUGGCCAAUCCAGCGGCUCAGUCUUGUGGAAGUAGAGCAGCUAAAAUCGCUUAAAGCACAUUUAACUAAUGUCAACUAAUACAGCUUUUGAUUUAAAACAUGUAUAACGAUAUGUUAAAAUUAACAUUAAGAUUAAUAAAUGCUAAAUAAGUAUUGAUCAUUGCAACUAAUAUAAACAAAUGGAACCUUAUUGUAAAGCAUUGCCAUUUUGUCUAAUAAUAAUGUCCAACAGUGUAUAUACAUGCAUCAAAGGAGAUUUUCUCCUGAAAGAUAUAAAUUCACUCACAGUGUCAUUUCUCAAAUUCUUUUUCUGUUUUUAAUGUUUUAAAAAAAUAAAAUGUCCGACUCCUUUGUCUUGCUAAGGCUUAUUUCACAGCUAACAUUGUAUGCAUCCUAUACACACAAUUACAAAUACAAAUAUGAUUUUCACUCCUUUCACACCAAACUUGAUUGAAAAUGAUGCCCAAUAAAAAGUGAUAUUCACCUUGAUUUGUCUUUGUUUUCUUCAUACAUUACUUGUCUUAUAUUUCAUCUCAAGCAUGCUCUUCACUCGCAGUUUUGUCCACUUCUUUAACAAAUACACUAACUUUUGAAAAACCUUUGUUAGGGGCAAAAUUGUUUGAUGUGGUGGAAAUGACCGCAACUGUCAAAUUGUAAGUUUGACAAUUUGUAAAAAAAAAAAAAAAAAAAAAAAAGAAAUGUUUAUUUCGCUCUUUGU